AUGGCUUCGCCAUCCCCCAUCCCUUCCCUAUCCCCCACACCGUCACCGGCGGCAAGCCCAUGCGGCCGCGAGGAUCGCUGGCGCGGUAGCCGGGGAUCUGACUCGGAGGAGACUCCACGGUCCUACAGAGAGGCCCUGGCCGGCGGGAGCGCAGCAGCGCACGUCGACGGACAGGAGGAUUCACAGGUUCGUCGCGAGGUGAGGUCCAUGGUGCGGGCGGAGGGGAUGAGCUCUGCCAUCGAUGAGCUUGACGACUCCGACGACAUGCUUGACGAGGAAGAUGAAGCUCCGUGGGAGGAACCCACACACGUCACCCGAAAGCGUGCGAGGGGGCGCCAUGGUGGCAAGAGGGCGGUGGCCAGGGCGGCGCGCCCCGCGCGUGAUGCCGGCGCCUUCGCGGACUUCGACGGCCUGUGCCUGCUCUGCACGCUGUCAGGGCACCGCACCGUCGAUUGCACCAUGGGGCCGGUGUGCAUGCGGUGCGGCGAGACGGGCCACAUGGCGCGGGAGUGCGCGCUGCCAUGCCCGCCGAGGCCGCCGUCGCUGCCAGGAGGUGUUGAGCCCGCGAGGAAGAGGCUGAACGACAAUGGGCGCGGCCGUCGCAUGGGUGCGGGAGCCGGUGACUUCCGUGCGCGUGCGCCGGAGGCCCGCUAG